GAAAAAUAUUAUUCCCUCUCCCUCGCCUUCUGUAAACCUUUCUUCCCUUUCCUUCAUCAAACACUUUUUAAUUCUCUGAAAAAAAGAGAAGUUAAAAAAAACUAAAAACUUACAAUCUCUUCAGGGGCGAGAGAUCUUUUCCCAUCUAAUUCUAUUUCUGAAUCUAUAGUCGAAUUACUCAUUCGAUUUUUUAUACAAUGGCUGCCAACGGCUCUACCUACGCUCUCUCUCAAGAGCAUAAGGAUCUGCUCGAGAAGUCUCUCGUCGACUCCGACCCGGAGGUCGCGGAAAUUAUGAAAAAGGAAAUUCAACGACAGCGGGAGUCCAUCAUCUUAAUUGCCUCUGAAAAUGUUACUUCGCGCGCUGUAUUCGAUGCUCUUGGCUCUCCUAUGUCCAACAAGUACUCGGAAGGUUACCCCGGUGCUCGAUACUACGGUGGAAACCAGCACAUCGACCAGGUCGAGCUUCUCUGCCAGAAGCGUGCUCUUCAGACUUUCCACCUCGACCCCGAACAAUGGGGUGUCAAUGUCCAGUGCCUCAGUGGUAGCCCUGCAAACUUGCAAGUCUACCAGGCUAUCAUGCCUCCUGGAGGCCGAUUGAUGGGUCUGGACCUCCCCCACGGUGGUCAUCUGAGUCACGGAUACCAAACCCCCUCACGAAAGAUCUCGGCAGUUUCGACUUACUUCGAGACCAUGCCUUACCGAGUAAACCUCGACACUGGCAUUAUUGACUACGACAGACUUGAGGAGAACGCUCAACUAUUCCGCCCCAAGGUUCUCGUCGCUGGUACCUCUGCGUACUGCCGUGAGAUUGACUAUGCGCGCAUGAGGAAGAUUGCUGAUUCGGUCGGAGCUUAUCUCGUUGUCGAUAUGGCUCACAUCUCCGGCCUGAUCGCAGCUGAGGUUAUCAAGUCUCCUUUCCCCCACGCCGAUAUAGUUACUACUACAACUCACAAGUCGCUCCGUGGCCCCCGUGGUGCCAUGAUCUUCUUCCGAAAGGGUGUCCGAAGCACCGAUCCCAAGACUGGCAAGCAGACCUUCUACGAUCUGGAGUCUGCUAUCAACUUUUCCGUCUUCCCCGGCCACCAGGGUGGUCCUCACAACCACACCAUCACUGCUCUAGCCGUUGCCUUAAAGCAAGCCCAGACUCCUGAAUUCAAGGCGUACCAGGAGAAGGUCGUGUCUAACGCCAAGACUUUGGAGAACAAGUUCAAGGCUCUUGGCUACAAGUUGGUAUCUGACGGUACCGACUCUCACAUGGUUCUCCUAGACCUGAGACCCCAGGCCGUUGACGGUGCCCGUAUUGAAGCCGUCUUGGAGCAGAUCAACAUCGCUUGCAACAAGAACGCUACACCCGGCGACAAGUCCGCCUUGACACCGUACGGUAUUCGUAUUGGAACACCAGCUAUGACCUCGCGUGGAUUCGGAGAGCAAGACUUCGAGCGUGUUGCUGGCUACAUCGACGAGAGCAUCAAAAUAGCUAAGGAGGUCCAGGCUAGCCUACCCAAGGAAGCUAACAAGCUCAAGGACUUCCGAGCUAAGCUGUCCGAGGGAGACAACACCAGAAUCAACGCUCUUAGGAAGGAGAUCGCUUCUUGGUCCCAGACCUUCCCUCUUCCCGUCGAGGGAUGGAGACUGGAUGCAGGCAUCUAGGUUACCACGUACGUGAAUGAAUUACGAUGAACACCGGAGAGGUAUUGUUCAACAUAUAGAUCUGGGGGCGAAAGAGGGGCAACUCAACUUUUCUCUGGUUUGUGGAAACGGGAUAGGCUUCAUUACGGAAAAGAAUUUAAGGAUGAUAAAAGAGGACAGUUGCAUGCAUUCAUCAGGCGUUGCAAAUAUCAUAAGUGCUUCGGAGUUUGGUACAGCUCUGGGGUCUGGGUCUUCGGCGGCACUGCUUCAACGCAGUAGAUUAUAAGGAAUUGAUAUCCAUUCGAUGUUUUUUUAUGUGUAGAUAAUAAGGAAGAUAGGAUGAUGCCCAUACAAGGAUAAAUCUCAAUGGGAUAUAAGCUACACGUUUCGUGUAGCAGUGGCAUUCCUCAAGUAUCAACUUCUAUAAGUAAAACUAAUGGUGACGAUAGUGGGUAAAUUUCCCCCUCAUACUUGCUCUGCUCCAUCUAUCACGUCAUACCACAGU